AAGCAAAGGCCUCUCUGAUUGGUGCACACUGAUGGUGGGUGAUACAUGCUUUAGUGGCUGACUCUUUGUCUUAAAAACAGUGAUGGAUUUGAACGGAAGAGGCUGGGUCUGAGCGCGUUAAUGCCUGCUGGUGCAGGACAGGCUUAAGCUGGGCUAGAGGGUGGCUCUUUAAGGUUAAGCUCAGUGUGCGGGGCAGAGGUAGUCUAUUUAAAGGACACCUCCUCCCUCUCUUGAAUGAUUCAACAAGAGUUUGCCCCUCCCCCACUUCUCAUCAAGAUCAGCUGGAGGAAGUGGUGGUUCAGCCAAUAGGAUUACAGGAGCAGAUUGACUCUGUUUGUGUGUGUGGGUGUGUGUGUGUGUGUCAGUGUGUGUGUGUGUGAGUGUGUGUGUGUGUGUGUGUGUGUGCAGCUGAGGAAGCCUGGGAGCAAGCCUGGACAUGUCGCUGCAGCAGCAACAGCAGCAGAUCUGCCUCUGUGUUUGUGUGUUUGAACAGAAAAUGUAGGGCAGCCACUUGUUCUCCCUCCCCUCAACUGUCUCUCUUCCUGUCUUUUCCUCUGUCUUUGUCUCUGCUGUGUGCUGCCCGGGCUGCAGUCGCCACGGCGACGGCUGACAUUGUUGCGGCAGCUCCACUUCCGUAUUUGCUGAGGCUUGGCUGUUUCACUGGGAUUCUCUCUCCGUCAGGACUCACCCCACGGAUUUACGAAGGGGACAUGUAACCUCCCUUAACGACUAUUGUGUGCGUGUGUGUGUGUGUGUGUGUGUGUGUGUAUGUGUGUGUGAGUGUGAGAGAGAGAGACAGUGCCUGUGCCAGACAGAGAAGUGAGGUGGCCUUGAGAUCCAGCCAUGAAUUCAUGUUGGAAAAUGAAGAUUCAGAAUGAAAAGCCCCUGGGUCAUUCAGCAAGCAGGUCCAGCAAUAUAUCUAAGGCGGGGAGUCCAACGUCUGUCAAUGCUCCAAGCAGCUUCUCCAGGACAUCAGUUUCCCCCUCCAGCCAGGACAUCUGCAGUAGCAGUCAGGACACACAGAAGCAGACUGCCGUGGUUCUGCUGAACUCUAACGGUAAAACUAUUCACGGUUCUGGAGGUGUUUCAGUGACUACCCUCUGCUUAGACGCCCCACCACCGAUCAAACAUGCCAAACAGCGAGACUGGCUCUCUCUGCUCCGCCCAGCCUCCGUCAACAUCCGACCCAACAGCUCCCUCAGGUUUUCCGUGUCUCUGAAUGACGUGGGCCAGCGAAUGGACAGUCUCUGCCGGGGUCUGCACUUCAUCGAUCGCACGUGUUCCGAGGGAGAGCUGGACUUGAAGCCCGAGCCCGAUCGGCAUCCUGACUCCGAGCGAAAGGCGCGCACGCUCGACGCCAAGCUAGGCCCGGCCCCCACACGCCAGACCCCAAAUGCUUCCUUCCCAGCGCCGACACACCCCCACCUUGUCCCCUCCUUCACCAGCAACUAUAAGUACAUGCUGGGCCUCCAACCUCCCUCCAACUGUCUCUCAUCCGACUCCGCUGUCGUCGCCCCUCCUCUUUCCAACACGCAUCUCCAUCCUCCUCCCACCCCGGGCUCCAGCCUCCUCCGUUUCCUCCUUCCCUUCUCUCGAUCCUCUACCUCGGUGAGCCUGCAGUGCUCUGAGCUGGGCAGCUACGCCUCACACCUCCACAUCACCAAAUCCUCCAGCACCCUCCUGGAAGACACUGAGUCAGGGUUCCCCUCCGAGGAUCCUCUGGGAAAUGACGUGUUUGAGACGGAUCAGCCCAGAUCAGCUCCUCAGCGAGCGGAUCGGCUGGAAACUUCAGGAAACUUCAGCCCCGUGGGUGGGCUGGCUGCUUCUCUAGCUCCUCUUUGCUAUCUGGAUGAGGACAGCGACCUGGAGUGCUGUCCAUCCCCUUUGUCAGAGAAAAUGGAGCCAAUGUCUCCCUGUUCGCUGUCUGGGGACUGGUGCAGGAUUUGUCACUGUGAAGGGGAUGAGGAGAGUCCUCUGAUCACACCCUGCCACUGCACGGGGAGCCUGCGCUUCGUCCACCAGUCCUGUCUGCAGCAGUGGAUCAAGAGCUCUGAUACCCGCUGCUGCGAGCUCUGUAAAUAUGAGUUCAUCAUGGAGACAAAGCUCAAACCUUUGCGCAAGUGGGAGAAAUUACAGAUGACGGCAAGUGAAAGAAGGAAGAUCAUGUGUUCGGUCACCUUCCAUGUCAUCGCCAUCACGUGUGUGGUGUGGUCGCUCUACGUUCUCAUCGACAGAACAGCAGAGGAAAUCAGACUAGCCGGAAGAAUCCCAGGUAGACCUGCAAUAAAAUGCUUGACAACUGUUCCCAGCAUGGUUCAUGCUGAUCACCAAUGUGGAAUCCUGGAGUGGCCUUUCUGGACCAAACUCGUGGUGGUGGCCAUCGGCUUUACCGGUGGACUAGUUUUCAUGUACGUCCAAUGCAAAGUCUACAUUCAUCUAUGGAAGAGACUCAAGGCUUACAAUCGGGUCAUAUAUGUGCAGAACCGGCCAGAGACAUGUAAAAAGCUGGCGCUGGAGAAGCCGCCUCUCAUUGAGCCCAGUCUGGAGAACAAGGAGGCCCUUGCACCCACCCAGUCAGACACAAACUCCUCCCAGUACACAGAGACAGAAGACUACAGUAUGGAGGUGCUUCACGUCUGACACCAGGCCCAUUUGAUGUCCUGCUCAUUCACACAAACAGGUGCACGGUGAAGUAGCAGUCAUGGAUGUGUUCGGAGACGUUUCCCUUUUUCUGAUCCCGGACUGACCUAAUGUCCUCCUGACUCCUUCCUCUUGCAACUUGGAUAUACUCUCCACUCUUAUAUUUCCUCUCCUAAGACCGUACUGCUUGAAUCGACGUGUAUAAAUGUGGAAGUGUGGGACUUCCACGCACUCUGAGACAUCCACAUGCGGACAAACAGGACUGAGAUACAGACUCGUGCAGCUCUGGAGGUCUACACGUCUCUUGAUACUUUCUUUCCCUUUUUUUCCUUGCUUGUGGGGUUGUUAAACUUGUUUGUUCUAAUCUCCUGCAAGUCUUGGGCUAAUCUGAUCAAUGUAGCGCCACGUGUUGAAUCUCAAUGCUGAGCCCAGCUUUCAGAUACUGCCGUCUCUGUUUCUGUCGUCCAUCAGUCCGCCUGUGUCUGCCAGACAUGAAAUCGAAGCACUUUUACUUUUCUCGAAACUUAAAACAUCUCUCUUCUUCUAGUUCCUUUCCUUUCCUUUAAUUUAACCUGAUCCCUUUAUGUUGUCCAAGGGGAAGAGGACAGUGAAACUUUCCACAAAUGCACAUACACGUACAGAUUACUCGUCCCUUGGAUGGCGAAAAAAAAAGAAUGAAUUGUGGAAAAGAUGGGAACACUCUGAAAGGAACAAAGGCUGAGCCGUCAUCAGCCGCAUGACUCCCCUGCCCCAACAUGAACUUUCUGAAGGCUUUGAGAAUGUAAUCUUUUUUUUUUAAAUGAUUGAGAGAAAAAAAAAACUUUUUUUUUUUUUUACUGGAAACUGGAAAUUUUGAAAAUAAUUUCCAUGACUCGAGAAGGUAAUAUGAGCCUUAGAGCAUAAACAGCGUUGCUCUCUUUUGUUUCCUAUCUUGUAAAAUGACACAGUAUUUACAGUGUGAUAUUCCAUGUGCAGUUUUUAGUAUGAUGACAUGUUUGUUUGGUCAUGGGACUAUAUAUGCCUUGAGAAAUCCACUGCUUCCUAUUUUCAGGUUGUCCUUUUGUUGCUCCCACUGACCGGAUGGUGGAUCAACUGUACCUUUGCAUUGCUUUGAAUUUAAAAAAACAUCACUUUGCUCUUCAGAUCAGGGCCUGCAUACAUGGAAUCCAUUACAUCCGUCGUUACAUCAGCAAAGAGCAGGAGGAUUGAAGGUGUAUUUUUGGAUGCAGCAUAGAGUAGUAUUUUUAGACAAGCAGAGGUCAAAGAUUUACUGUAUUUGCUUUGAUUUUUUUUUCUCCAUAUUCCCUCACAUGGUCCAGGAUGUCUAUUUUAGUUUUUCAUCACAAGACAGCCAACGUGUUGUCUUUCAUUUCAUUGUUUGUUUUGCAUCUGGCCUCGUGGAGCUUAAGUCAGGUGGAUUUUUAUAUCUGUGUCUUAUUUUUACAGCAAGUCAUUAGAUUUAAUAGCAGUCAUGUGAUUAGUUUUUCAAUAAAAGCAACAUAAAACAUCCAUACAGCAGCUGUUGCUUGUGGCAGAGUGCUGGUGGGCAGCUGGAAGUUGCAGCCUGAGAUGGGCAGCGGUUGAUUUCUUGGGGGUAAUGAUGCAUUUUCUGGGCUAACAUUCAGUGUAAGUGCUUUUUUUUCCUCUUUUUUGUGGGAACACAGCAAUGCCAGGCUCACGUUGAGCCUCACAGCCAUUCCAGCAACGUGCACAUUUUCAAAAAAACGUCUUUGAUACUAGUAGACCAUUUGUGAACGAUGACGAUCCAACAAUGUACCUGACGAUUAUUGCUCAGCAGCAGCAGCAAUAAAUAAAACAGCGCUUUGUUUUGUGAGAAUGCAUCUGUAUUUAAUGUUUGUGUACUGCCCUGUGGUGACCAGGAACCUGGAGUCUGGCAUCAUUUUAAAAUAUUAUACGAGCCGAGAGUAGUUGUGUGACGGGAUGGAUUAAGACACAGAAACAUGAGGCUUAUCUGAAACUUCGAUUAAAAAGGAGGCUCAGUGCAAUUAGACGGCUAAAAAGUGCAAUUACUAUUUGGUUGUUACUCUGUACUUCAGUAAUGUUCUGGUGUUUAAUGGCCAGGGUGUCCUCUUGAUAUAAAAGGAUUUUCUUUAUUUUUGUGUUGUAUUUAUUUUUAACUGAGAACAGUACCAUUUGUUCACUUAACCCCCUUUCAUUUGUAAUUUUAUGCAAUUUACACCCCCCUCCUUUUUUUUUUACUAUUUUGGGCACAAAAGUCAAAAUGAACCCCCUUUUUUUUCCCCACCUAUUUGUCAUUUCGAUAUUAGAGUUGUAAAAACCUUGAACUGCUCUUCUCUCUCACUUUAAAUUGCCAGUUCAAUUUUUUUAUAGUUUUUUCGACCCUGGCAACAACAUUGCCCUUUCUUGCCCUUUUUUCCUAAGAUGGAAGAUUUGAUAUGGACUUUAAAUUCAUAUUUUCACCUCACAGGAGCUGGCUCCUUUUCAUAAUGUCGGAAACUGAAGUUUUGAUGUAGUGAUAAAGUUUGAGGCCGUUUUUUUUUUUUUUUUUUUUUUUACAUGGAUUAAAUAUAUUCUCAAAAAAAGAGAAACAAAAAACAAUCACUGAAGAUCUCUAGUUGACAAUUUCUUUGUCUACUACUUAAUUCCUGUCUGGGAAACUGUGUCUAAAGGCUCACUCAUAGAUAUUCCUGUUUUUACCCGAUCCCGUCCGUCUGGGACUAGUGUAACCUGCAUAAAAGCUACAUUUGUUUACUACUGAAUGGACUUGAACAUAUGACUUCCCUGUCUUAUAUCAUUCCACAAGUUUGUCUGUGAAUUUGCUUUGAUCGUAAUUGUAAAGAAUUCACUUAAGGUUUUUAAGAGAAAUAUUGAUGUGUUUUCAGUUGAUUUCCCAUGUUUGAACAAAUAUGUAGAAUAAUAAUAAAAAACAAAUUAAAAAUUAAGUUACUUUAAAUACU